AUGGUUGGACAGGGUUUGGUCGAUUCGCCUAUUCAGACGAACAAAAAAGAACACAGAGCCGAACUGGAAAUCUCCAGAGCAUCUCAUUUUACCUGUCUCACAGAAACUCGGAUGACUGGAGGACGGAGAAGAACUUCAGCUGUGGAAAGUCCAAAUGUCUCAGACGAAGAGGAGCUGAUAAGACUUCUGGGAUUUGCUGGCCUGGAAAAAAUCGCCGAGUUCAUAAGCACCAGAUCAGCGAUGGACCUCCAUUAUCCUACGCAAUAUCGAAAGUUCAGGACUCCAUUGACCGCGGCGAUUCAUCGCGGGACCCCGACUAUUCUGAAAAGUUUGCUUGAUAGGUUCUCGGUCUCUUUGGACUCGACCACAACUCAGCCCCUCGGGAAAACUGCUUUGAUGCACGCCUCUUACGUUUCCAGGAACCCCGAAGUCAUUCGUGUGCUCAUGGCGCGCGGUGCCAACGUUCAAAAGAUCGACAACGUAGGAUGGAAUCCCCUGUACUACGCGAUCGUCGGUGAGCGAACGAGAAACGUCGAAUGUCUAAUCGAAUCGGGGGCGAAACUGGAGUCGCGGGACUUACAGGGUCGAACGCCGUUGAUGAUCGCAGCAAAAGUUCGACAAAGCGCUAAUCAGAUUGUUACCCUUAUUGCUUACGAGCACCAUUCUAGUGACUUGUUGAAUCCAUGUUCGUCACUUUUUGGUGAGACUUUGUCACUUAAAGACCCAUUCAUCCUUUCGAAUUUUGGAACAGUGAAGCUUCUUCUGGACCACGGCGCCAAUCCAAAGGCGAUCGAUGAUUUUGGAUACACUGCUCUGAGGUUGGCCAUUCUACGGAACAAGCAUGAACUUGCCGUUCUCCUGGCGGAGUAUGAAACUGACGUCACUUGCAAACCGCCUACGGCUAUUCACUCCGACUAUGAAUUGGCGGAACACCUUAUGCCGGAUCUUGUUCCGAUUAUGAGGCAAAAUACCCUGCCGAAGCAACGGGAUCUUAAGGAAACCAUGCUGACCAAUGUGUAA